AUGAAUCCAAUGAAUUUUCAACCUGACUUUCAAACGAUCUUUGAAGGUCAAGGUCAUGGUCACGUAGCCUACUUCUCAUCCAGCAAGUAUUGUUUGAAAUGUUUUUUAAGAAAAUGUGAUGCUAAUAAGAUAUUUGAUUUGAUGACACUCUAUUGA